AUGAGACUUGCGCCAUUUUCCCUUUUAGGGCGCCUUCGCCAGGCUCUUCCCAAAGUUCCAACGCCUACGGUCCUUUCACCCCUUGCAUUUAGAAGCUUGUCUUUAUCGCCCAGACUUCUUCAGGUCCAACCCAACGACGACUACGACGCUGCUCAACUCAGCAGAAAAACCACCAAGCAUCCGCUUUCAAGAAAAACGUUUUUGAUCGACUACUACAAGUACUUGAACGACAACAACCAGAUCGUGCUCUAUUUGCAUCACAAUAACUUGGUCAAGAAUGACACUCUCAAGGUGAGAUCCGAGUUGAAGAAGUUGGGUGUUACAAUGACAUACUUGCGUAACGCUUUGUACAGAGUUUACCUUCGGUCUGCCCACGAGGAAGAUCCUGCUUUGCACAAGAACACCUUGAAAAACAAGAACGUCGAACACCCAUUGGCUCCUCUCUUGAACGGACCCAGUGCCGUCAUCACCAUCAAAGACUGUGAUCCGCCAACUGUCGAAAAGGUUGUCAAGCUCUUGAAGUCUCAGGACGAAAAGCUUUUCCUUAUUGGUGCUAGAAUCGAAGGAAACGUUUACAACGUUGCAGACGUGGACCAGUUCAAGCAGUUGCCUACCAAGGAGCAGUUGCAGGGCCAGUUGGCCGGUGUGUUGACCAUCUUGGGUGGAGCUGGUCUUGUAAGAACAUUGGAGUCUGCUGGUACUCACAUGUACUUGACAUUGGAGCAGAGGAGAAAGGACCUUGAUCCUGAGGAGAAGAAGGACGAGGAGUAA